AUGCUACGAUUUCGGAGGUAUGCAUCUCAUUUCAACCAAUCUAAACUGCUCCGUAAGUACCCUGUGGGCGGAGUUUUCCACGGUUAUGAAAUCAACCGCGUUCUUCCUGUGCCUGAGAUGAGGUUCGUCGCCGUAGACUUGAAGCAUCUGCAGACAGGAGCCCAACACCUCCACAUCGACAGAGACGACAGGAACAACGUGUUUAGCGUUGCGUUCAAGACCAACCCCCCGGACGCCUCUGGCGUGCCCCACAUUUUGGAACACACCACCCUCUGUGGGUCAGAGAAAUACCCUGUAAGAGACCCUUUCUUCAAGAUGCUAAACCGAUCCUUGGCGAACUUCAUGAACGCCAUGACAGGCCAUGACUACACGUUCUAUCCUUUUGCUACUGCAAACAAGGCAGACUUUGCUAACCUGAGAGAUGUAUACCUGGACGCCACUUUCAAGCCGCUUUUAAAGCACGAGGACUUUCUACAAGAGGGCUGGAGGCUUGAGCACACCAAUCUGGAUGACCCAAAGAGCGACAUUGUAUUCAAGGGUGUUGUUUACAAUGAGAUGAAGGGGCAGACCUCAAGCUCGAACUACCAGUUCUGGAUCAAGUUUCAAGAGAAUAUCUAUCCGUCCCUAAACAACUCCGGAGGCGACCCACAAAAGAUUACAGACCUACAGUACUCCGAUUUGGUUUCUUUCCACUCCAAGAACUAUCAUCCGUCGAAUGCAAAAACGUUUACCUAUGGAAGUUUUCCGCUCGAUGAGACCCUACAGCGCUUAAAUGAAGAGUUCAAAUUGUAUGGAAAAAGAGCAAACAGGUACAAAGAGCUCAAGCCUCUAGAAAUGAACUCUGAUGUUAGGGUGACUGAAAAGGGCCAGGUUGACCCUAUGCUUCCCCCAGAUAAACAGCUGAAAACUUCGAUGACUUGGCUAUGCGGCGAUCCUGCCGACGUUUACGGGACAUUUCUCUUGAAAGUUCUUGGGAAUCUUUUGAUGGAGGGCCACUCUACUCCUCUAUACAAACAGCUGAUCGAGUCAGGUGUUGGUUAUGAGUUUUCCGUCAAUUCAGGUGUUGAGUCUACUACAGCUACCAACUUUUUCACGGUUGGUGUUCAGGGCUGCAGUGAUACAAUCCUGUUCGAACAAACUGUGAAAUCUGUUUUUCAAGAAGCAUUAGAAAAACCAUUCGAAAGCGAUAAAAUCGAAGCUAUUAUCCAACAGUUGGAGCUCUCCAAGAAAAACCAAAAGGCUGACUUUGGGCUACAGCUUCUAUACUCACUUGUCCCUGGAUGGACAAAUAAAACUGAUCCAUUUGAUCAUUUAGUCUUUGAUGAUAUUCUGUCUCAAUUCAGAGCCGACUGGGCUGCAAAGGGUGAUGAGGUUUUCCGCGAGAUUAUCAGAGACCAGAUUCUCUCGAAGCCCUGCUUCUACUUCUCCAUGGAAGCAGAUGAGAAAUAUUCAGGAAUGCUGGAUUCAGAGGAAGCACGUCGUCUGGAAACAAAGGUUAGCCAGCUAGACAGCAAUGACCGUGAAGUUAUUAGGGAACGCGGAAAGCAACUUCAAGCGAAGCAAAACGCUACCGAGGAUUUGAGCUGCCUCCCCAGUCUAAAGAUCAAAGACAUUCCUCGUGCUGGAGAUUCAUACGAGAUCAAGAGAGCUGACAAUAUUUUCCACCGAAUUUCGGACACAAACGGAAUCACAUAUUUGAGGCUGAAGAGAUCGCUAGACAGGGUUAUCCCUCGGGACCUCUAUCCAUACCUGCCAAUUUUUGCCGAUUGCUUAACUAGUCUGGGUACCUCCAAAGAGCACUAUAGUGAAAUUGAGGAUGAAAUGAAGCUUCACACUGGAGGCGUCUCCGCUCAUGUCGCAGUUCAUUCUGACCCAAUUACUUGUGAACCAAGUCUGAACUUUAUUUGUGAAGGCUACUCCCUGAAUCAUAAAACAGAACGUGUGUUUGACAUCUGGAGAAAGAUCUUGGUAGAAACAGACAUUGUGAAACAUGUUGAGAAGUUGAAGGUGCUGAUCCGUUCCUUAGCUGCAUCGAAUACAGCAUCUGUUGCAGAGGGCGGGCAUGCAUUCGCUCGGAAUUUUACGGGCGCACACUUAACAACUGCUAAGGCAAUUAAUGAAAGCUUGAGCGGCGUUGAGCAACUAAAACUGAUCACAUACCUGUCCACAAUUCUAGAAAAGCCGGCUUUGUUUCAGGCAGAAGUUGUUGACAAGUUGAAUGAAUUGAAGAGCUACGUUAUUUCAAGCGAGGGCCUUGAAUUCUUCACUACAACAGAUUCUGAAAAGCAAGCCAUCAAAACUGACAACGAGAUUCAGCAAUUUGUGCAGACUCUUCCGGAAGACAGUCCAUCGAUGACAUUUUCUUCCAGAGAUUAUCCACUGCUUGACUCAAAAGGAAAGCACACCCUUAUUGAAUUCCCAUUCCAGGUCCAUUACUCAGCCCAAUCGCUGGUUGGCGUGCCAUACACUCACAGAGAUGGAGCAAGUUUACAAGUUCUCAGCAAUAUGCUAACCUUUAAGCACUUACAUCGUGAGAUUAGAGAGAAGGGCGGAGCAUACGGCGGUGGCGCUACGUACAGCGCAUUGGAUGGACUGUUUUCCUUCUAUUCCUAUAGAGAUCCACAUCCUCUAAACUCUCUGCAAGUUUUCGCAGAGAGCGGCAAUUACGUCUUGCAAAACUCAAACUGGAAAAACGACGAUCUGAAUGAAGCCAAGUUGACAAUAUUUCAGCAAGUCGAUGCCCCUAUAAGCCCCAGCAGCGAAGGGAGCAUACUAUUUAACUACGGAAUCACCGACAGUAUGAGACAAGUUAGAAGAGAACAGCUUCUGGACGUAAAUCUUGAAGACGUCCGAGCAGCAGCAGAAAAAUACCUUUUCAAAAAACCAUCUGUAACUGCUGUGGUCGGGCCCCGUAUUGAGGCAGAAAUGUCAGAUGGCAAGUGGCAGAUCAAGGAUUUGCAACCGGCCAAGUGA